UUUCGCACUGGACGUGGAGCGCGGCGGCGGGCCGGGCGCGGGGGGCGCGGAGCGGAGCGGGGCGCCGGGACGGCAGCAGGACUGGUUUUGGUUGUUUUCUGCUUUUCGGCUGAUUUUUGCGCGUUUGUGUCUUUUAUUUUUAUUCUUCUAGAUUUAUUAUUAUUUUUUUAAUCUUUUCUCGCUCUUCAGGCGCCCGCGGAGGGGUGCGCGGCCCCCGCCGCUCCGCCCGGGCACAUCCUCGCCCUCGGGGCGGCUCUGCCCCUCGCCCCCUUUCCCCCCCCACCCGCCCCUCCCGCGGCCACCAAUGCUCAACAUGACCGAGGAGCACGACAAAGCGCUGGAGGCUCCGUGCAGCCCCGCGGGCACCACCAGCUCCAUGUCCCACGUGGACUCGGACUCCGACUCGCCGCUGUCCCCCGCCGGCUCCGAGGGUCUGGGCUGCGCCCCCGCGCCCGCCCCGCGUCCUCCCGGCGCCGCUCCGCUGGGCGCUAAGGUGGACGCGGCCGAGGUGGACGAGCGCUUCCCCGCCUGCAUCCGCGACGCCGUCUCGCAGGUGCUGAAGGGCUACGACUGGAGCCUGGUGCCCAUGCCCGUCCGCGGCAACGGAUCGCUCAAGGCCAAGCCGCACGUCAAGCGGCCCAUGAACGCCUUCAUGGUGUGGGCGCAGGCUGCCCGCAGGAAGCUGGCCGACCAGUACCCGCAUCUGCACAACGCCGAGCUCAGCAAGACCCUGGGCAAGCUCUGGCGUUUAUUAAGCGAAAAUGAGAAACGUCCCUUUGUGGAAGAAGCUGAGCGGCUCAGAGUCCAGCACAAAAAGGAUCACCCGGAUUAUAAAUACCAGCCACGGAGGAGGAAAAGUGUAAAAGCCGGGCAGAGCGACUCUGACUCCGGAGCCGAGCUCAGCCACCACGCAGGCACGCAGAUCUACAAAGCGGACAGCGGGCUGGGAGGCAUGGCCGAUUCCCACCAUCACGGCGAUCACACAGGCCAGACCCACGGGCCACCCACCCCACCCACCACCCCCAAAACCGACCUCCAUCAUGGCAGCAAGCAGGAGCUGAAGCACGAGGGCCGCCGCCUCGUGGAGAGCGGCCGCCAGAACAUCGACUUCAGCAACGUGGACAUCUCGGAGCUGAGCAGCGAGGUCAUCAACAACAUGGAGACCUUUGAUGUGCAUGAGUUUGACCAGUACCUGCCGCUCAACGGCCACGCCGCCAUGCCGGCUGACCACGGCCCCAACGCCGCCGCUGGCUCCUACGGCGCGUCCUACUCCCACUCUGCCACGGGCACCGGUGGGACCAACCAGGUCUGGACUCACAAAAGCCCGGCCUCGGCGUCGCCAUCGUCGGCCGACUCGGGCCAGCAAAGGCCGCACAUCAAAACGGAGCAGCUGAGCCCCAGCCACUACAGUGACCAGUCCCACGGCUCCCCCGCACACUCUGACUACGGCUCCUACAGCGCCCAGGCUUGCGCCACCACCGCCUCCACCGCCACGGCCGCCGCCUCCUUCUCCAGCUCCCAGUGCGACUACACGGACCUCCAGAGCUCCAACUACUACAACCCCUACCCCGGCUACCCCUCCAGCAUUUACCAGUAUCCCUAUUUCCACUCCUCCCGCCGUCCCUACGCAACGCCCAUCCUCAACGGCUUGUCCAUCCCGCCGGCCCACAGCCCCACUGCUAACUGGGACCAGCCGGUCUAUACGACCCUGACGAGGCCUUAAAGGAUGCGCGGAGCCCCCGAGGGCUUCCCCAACGUAUGCACUAAUGAAGGAAUGAAGACGAAGAGCGUGGAGUGCCACGAUAGUUUCCGAAGUGCCUCCUGAGCCACUGGGAACUCUGCUCGUUGCGACUGGAUGUCCCCUUGCUUCAAAACUCUCCAAAAGGACAGAGCUCUAUUUUUCUUUAAUUAAUACCAUUUAAACAAAUAAAAUAAUGAAAAACCCCACACACAAAAAAAAAAAGGACCAGCGAUUCCUUUUGAAUAAAUGAAGGACAAAACCAUUCAACUCCUCUGUGAGGACUGAACUGAACUUACUCGUCGUGGAAGUUGACAAGUGCAAAAGCGGAGCGGGGGGGUGGGAAGGGGGGGAAGAGAAAAAAAAAAAAAAAAGCUGUUCGAGACUUUAAGGGUCUAUUGCAAUGUGAGGAGCGGACCAACCUUGAGGGCAAGAACUCACUCGGACCAACGCGGAUGAAACCCCAAAACCCGGCUAUUCCGUGUAACAAUCUCGUGGGAACAAACGAGUCUGGUGGGACCAACCAAUUAAAUGUCUGAAGUGUUUGUUUUUUUAGUCAAGAGUUCUUCUAAGCAAGGUUUGGCUGUAAUUAACAUUUUGUUUUGUUUUUGGAAGCUUAAAGUGUUUUGUUGUUUUUUUUUUUAAAUCUGUUAAAUAUGUAUUUAUGUUCUGUAUUAUUUUGUCUUUUAAUUAAUGAAGUAAUUUCGUGCAAAAAGUAGAAUUUUAAAAGAUUUUAAAGAUGGGGUGGGGAGGGAGCAUAAAAAUAGUGGAGAUGAUACAAUAAAAUGGUGUUAUGAGUCUAUAGAUUUUCGUUGGUUUUUGGGUUUUUUUCGUUUUGAACCGCUGCAGCAGUCGUGUUUGAGAGAGGGACUGAACGAAUCUGCCCAUCGCAGACCUGGUCACCAACAAGGAACUCAAACGGGAAUGUAAAAUAACGAGGGGGGGAAAGUUACUAAUUAAAUUGGGAGGCUAAAACGAUUGCAAAAAGGAGCAGGCGAUUUUUCUGGCUACCUGCUUUCGGGCGUUAAAAUUGAAUUUAAGGCAUUGCAGAGUCUUUGUACACUUUCAGAACCAGGACUACUUUAUAGGAAGAUGUAAUUUAAUGAGAAAUUAUCAACUUCUGCUUUAAUUUUGGCUUCUAGGGACCAGAUAUCAUCCAUCAAGCUGUGAAACUAAAAUCUUCUCCACUAAAAAAAAUUUUUUUAGGUACUUAGUUUUAGACUAAUAUUUCAUUGAUAUAUUUCUACUUCUUCCAUUGUAUGCUGAGCAUAUAAUAACCAUCUAUUUUAUGGUAACUUGUGCCUUUUAAAACUUUGUAAAUCUAAAAACACAUUUCAGAGGUUAUCAUCUUUUUACCUUUUCUACGUUUCCUACUCUUUUUCUAAAAAUAUUUUUUGCAUAUUUCCUUUUGGGGACGUGGGGUGGGGGAGAAUACAGAAAACUCAUUUUUAUGCAAUCUAUUUUUCUGUAUAAAGUUUAAAAGACUUUGGCUGUUACUUAUCUGUUCUCUUCACUAGCUUCUGCCUAAGCAAUGCUAACUUUUGU